AUGGCAGCUCCAACUUCUCACAAGCUUUUUUCUGCCCUUAACUGCCGCUCCAAUCCCGACUUCUCCGCACCUCCGCCUUCCUUCAACCGCCGCCUCAACUCUGCCGCAUUUUACGGUCCCUCCGCCAUCAUCCUCCGCUUCCCUCCAAACUGUACAGGUACAGCUCCGUUUCCGCCAGCACCGGCGGAAACGUUAUCGUCGGCGGCGAUCUCAGCUGAGAUCGCCGCCGACGAUAACGUUUCCGCCGGUGCUGGCGGAAACGGAGCUGUACCUGUACAGUUCAGUGGUUCGGUUGAUAGUUCUAGUUAUUCUUUUUUGAAAUCCGAUGGAAGCAUGGCGAUUCAUGCCGCUGAAAGAUUAGGUAGGGGUAUUGUAACUGAUGCAAUUACCACCCCUGUGGUGAACACUUCUGCUUACUUCUUUAAGAAAACCGCUGAUCUCAUUGAUUUCAAGGAGAAACGCCAAUUUAGUUUUGAAUAUGGGCGAUAUGGAAAUCCGACAACAAUAGUUUUAGAGGAGAAGUUAAGUGCACUGGAGGGGGCCGAAUCAACUUUGAUAAUGGCGUCUGGGAUGUGUGCAAGCACAGUUUUGUUGAUGGCACUAGUUCCAGCUGGGGGACAUCUUGUGACCACCACAGAUUGUUACAGGAAGACUAGAAUAUUCAUUGAGACCGUGCUUCCAAAGAUGGGAAUCAAGGCAUCUGUUAUAGAUCCAGCAGAUGUUACAGCCUUGGAAUCUGCAUUGGAGGAGAACAAUGUGUCUCUAUUCUUUACUGAGUCUCCUACCAAUCCUUUCCUCAGAUGCGUUGAUAUUAAGCUGGUUUCUGAGAUUUGUCACAGAAAAGGGGCUUUGGUCUGCAUUGAUGGUACAUUUGCAACGCCUUUGAACCAGAAGGCCCUUGCCCUUGGUGCUGAUCUUGUUUUGCACUCUGCAACAAAGUACAUUGGGGGUCAUAAUGAUGUCCUUGGUGGUUACAUUAGUGGUCCAGAUAAGUUGGUUUCACAAGUUCGUACUUUGCAUCAUGUUUUGGGUGGUACUCUUAAUCCGAAUGCUGCAUACCUAUUCAUUAGAGGCUUGAAAACCCUGCAUCUUCGUGUACAGCAGCAGAAUUCAACAGCAUUGAGGAUGGCCAAAAUUUUAGAGGAACAUCCCAAGGUGAAGCACGUGUACUAUCCAGGCUUGCCAAGUCAUCCUGAACAUCAGCUUGCCAUGAGGCAGAUGACUGGUUUUGGUGGUGUUGUCAGUUUUGAGAUUGAUGGAGAUCUAAUAACCACCAUAAAAUUUGUUGAUGCACUGAAAAUCCCAUAUAUUGCACCCUCAUUUGGAGGCUGUGAGAGCAUUGUGGAUCAACCUGCUAUCAUGUCUUACUGGGAUCUUCCUCAGUUAGAAAGGGCCAAGUAUGGUAUUAAUGACAACUUGGUUCGCUUCAGCUUUGGAGUUGAAGAUUUUGAGGAUUUGAAGGCUGAUGUUCUGCAAGCUUUGGAAGUCAUAUAAUAUACUAAAAGGCAAUUAGGCAGUAUGCAGUAUGCACUAUGUGCACUUACCUUAGUGUUCGUUGUUCGUCUUCUUUGUUCUGUUUUCAUUAUCAUGUAUAAGCGAAUCAAUUGAAUUUUGAUCACCUAAUGUUUUGUUGUGCUAGUUUGGAAGAAUGAUGUCUCAUUUGAAUGUCUUGAACUAUCAAAAAUUUCAAUUUAUUUUUUAUCCUA